AUGUUCCUCAUCGUUUACUCUCCAUGCUUCGAUAACUGCCCACUUCAGCUCUUCUGUGCCCUGGAACUUAUGGUUAUUCGCAUAAACUUGUCUGACUAUUAUGCCCCAGAUAUGUUCUAUCGCAUUGAUAUCGGGACUGCAGGCUGGCUAUGGCAGGACGCUUAUUUAUGGGCAUUGCAGCCACUCAUCCGCUGCACGGCUCACAUGAAUGGUGACGGCGAUGGCAUAGAAAGGGUACAAGAUGAUGCUCCAAGACGGUCUGGUAAUCCUUGGAAUCCAUACUGCAAUUCACGGUAG